CUCCAUCAUUGUGUCUACAGGACAGGAGCAGCAGCAGCAGCAGCAACAGCACACACACAAACCUCGCUUACAUUUCAUAACCCAACCCGUGUCAUUUCACAUAGAAACCACCACGAAAUUCGACAGGGGAGGACUGCUGAAUUAUGAUGCAAUGCUGUGCCGGACCCUCCCUUUCCUGCUCUAGUUACCACUACUUCUCCUGCCACUGCUAGUGGUUUGGCUGCCUCACUACUAAAAGGAAAAAAAGAAGAAAUCGCAAUCCACAUCAGCUGUUGUCUAGUCACAUAUGGUGCAUCGUUUGCAUUCCAGAGCCUACAUCCCCUCCACUAGGCCUGUGACACUCACUGGAUUCAUCACCACAGGAUAUUAAAAAGUGUGUGUUCUUGAUUUCCCUGGAACGGACACACUAAAGGCCAUUUUUUACGUUUUUCCUCCCCACUGCCACACGGGUGGUGGCGGGACUUCGUAGACCAUGGAGCCCAAUAUGGAGUACUGUCUGACACAGGUGCUACAGAAAGAUGUGGCCCGCAGGUUGCAGAUGGGUUCGGAGCUCAUUGACUAUAUAACAGAUUCGGACAAGUGUCAAGACCUGGAAAGUGACCAGACUGCGCUGGAUAAAAUGGUGGAUGGUAUCGCCACCUCCUGGGUGAACUCCAGCAACUUCAAGUUGGCUUUGUUGGGAAUGGACCUUCUAUCUGCCUUAGUAACAAGAUUACAGGACCGAUUUCGACCCCAAGUUGGUACAGUUUUGCCCAGCUUGAUAGAUCGGUUAGGUGAUGCCAAAGAUCAAGUCCGAGACCAAGAUCAAACCCUGCUGCUGAAGAUCAUGGAGCAGGCAGCUACGCCUCAAUACAUAUGGGACAGAAUGCUGGGAGGUUUCAAACACAAAAACAACAGGACUAGAGAAGGAGUCUGUCUCUGUCUCAUUGCCACUCUAAACACAUAUGGUGCCCAAGGCUUAACCCUGAGCAAAAUUGUACCACAUAUAUGUAAUCUACUCGGAGACCCCACAAGUCAGGUUCGGGAUGCGGCCAUGAACUGCCUUGUGGAAAUAUACAGGCAUGUUGGAGAGAAGGUUAGGGUUGACCUUAGCAAAAAAGCACUGCCGCAGUCAAGGUUGAAUGUAAUUUUCAGCAGAUUUGAUGAAGUCCAAAGAUCUGGGAACAUGAUCCUCUCCUCGGGUUCAGAUAAGCACUUUGAUGACGAGGACUCUGUGGAUGGGGGCAGGUCCUCCUCCUCUUCCUCCUCUAAGGGCUUCUCCAACAGCAGGAGAGGGGGUAGCAUGGGCUCAAUGAGACGACCCAGUUCUGCUUCUGGAUCCAGGGUUGCAGGGAAGGACGGAGUCAGUGCUGGAGCUGUGGAUGAGGAGGAUUUCAUUAAGGCUUUUGAAGAUGCACCUGCAGUGCAGAUAUAUUCCAGUAAGGAGUUGGAGGACUCCAUGAAUAAGAUCCGUGAAGUACUAUCAGAUGACAAGCAAGAUUGGGAGCACAGAGUUACUGCUCUGAAGAAAGUGCGGUCACUGGUUCUGGCUGGUGCAACCGAACACGAGGGUUUCCUUCAACAUCUCCGGCUUUUAGAAGGUGCCUUCAAGCUCUCUGCUAAAGAUCUUCGUUCCCAAGUAGUUCGAGAGGCCUGUAUCACGUUAGGGCAUCUGUCCUUAGUGUUGGGGAAUAAAUUUGACCACGGAGCUGAAAGCAUCAUGCCCACGCUGCUCAACUUGGUGCCCAACAGCGCCAAAAUUAUGGCAACAUCCGGAGUAGCAGCCAUCCGCCUCAUCCUGAGACAUACACACUUCCCACGCCUUAUCCCAAUCAUCACCAGCAACUGUACAUCCAAAUCCGUGGCUGUUCGAAGACGGUGUUAUGAGUUUUUAGACCUGUUGUUGCAAGAAUGGCAAACGCAUACUCUAGAGAGGCAUGUGGCGGUGCUCACUGAGACCAUUAAGAAGGGGAUCCAUGAUGCUGAUUCAGAAGCCAGAUCUGUGGCCAGAAAGUGUUACUGGGGAUUCCAUGGCCAUUACAGUCGGGAGGCGGAGCACCUGUUUCAGGCGUUGGAGUCGACCUAUCAGAAGGCCCUUCAGUCUCACCUGAAGAGUUCUGAUAGUAUAGUGUCUCUACCGCAGUCUGACCGCUCCUCAUCAAGCUCGCAGGAGAGUCUCAAUCGGCCGCUGUCAGUGAAGAGUGUCAUUGGAGCCCCCGUUACAAGAAGUAAAGUGAUGGGCUCUAGGGUGUCUUCCACACCCGGCACCCUCCAGCGUUCCCGCAGUGAUGUAGACGUGAACGCCGCCGUCAGUGCCAAAACCCGCAUUUCCACGGUAACCUCCCCGUCUCCCUUCAGCUCCGCCGCGGCCCUGCCGCCAGGCUCCUACGCCUCUCUGGACGGUGCACCUGGUAAACUAGAUGGUCGUGUGCGCACCCGGAGGCAGAGCUCAGGCAGUGCGGUCAGCACCAGUAGUACUGUGAUAGAUAACCGUGGUCGAAGCAGAGCUAAAGUGGUGUCUCAAUCCCAGCCCGGCAGCCGAUCUAGCUCUCCAGGGAAGCUCUUGGGGCACACAUAUGGCAGAAUUCCUAGGGCCACAGCCCCAACAACACCCUCAGACAAGUAUUCGAGGAUCCCACGAAGUCAGGGCUGCAGCCGUGAGACUAGCCCAAGCAGACUGGGCCUUGCCAGGCUGUGUGGUAAAGCUCUUCUUCCUGCCACUUCUUCCUAUUGCACGCUAGCCCGGAGCAGUCGCAUCCCCCGACCCAGCAUGAGUCAGGGGUGCAGCCGUGACACCAGUCGCGAGAGCAGCCGCGAUACCAGUCCCGCUCGGGGCUUCAUUCCUCUUGUUUCCCGACGUCACUCUCGCUCUACCAGCGCUCUGUCCACGGCUGAACCCGUGGGCCAGUCAGACCGCCUGGGUCUGAUCCAUCAGGCCCGCAUUUCUGCAUCUGUCAAUGCUAUGAGGGUGCUGAACACAGGCACAGAAGUGGAAGCAGCAGUGGCUGAUGCCUUGCUGUUAGGAGACUCCAGAAAUAAGCGCAAGCCCUUGAGACGUAGGUACGAGUCAGAUGAUGACGCCAACAGUGAUGCCUCCAGUGCCUGUUCAGAACGUUCCUAUAGCUCCCGAAACGGAGGCAUUCCUCACUACCUGCGGCAGACGGAGGACGUGGCAGAGGUGCUGAACCACUGCGCCAGCUCCAACUGGUCCGAGAGGAAGGAGGGCCUGCUGGGUUUGCAGAACCUGCUGAAGAGCCAGCGCAUUCUCAGCCGAGUGGAGCUUAAAAGGCUGUGUGAGAUCUUCACCAGGAUGUUUGCAGAUCCUCACAGCAAGGUGUUUAGCAUGUUCUUGGAGACUCUGGUGGACUUCAUCACUGUGCACAGAGAAGAUCUCCAGGACUGGCUCUUUGUUUUGCUCACUCAAUUACUGAAGAAGAUGGGAGCUGACCUCUUAGGCUCAGUCCAAGCUAAAGUCCAAAAGGCUCUAGACAUCACACGAGAGUCUUUCCCUUUUGACCAGCAGUUCAACAUCCUGAUGAGGUUUAUUGUUGAUCAGACUCAAACCCCCAAUCUUAAGGUGAAGGUGGCCAUCCUAAAAUACAUUGAGUCCCUGGCACGGCAUAUGGACCCUGCAGACUUUGUGAACUCAAGUGAGACCAGAUUAGCUGUGUCCCGCAUUAUCACCUGGACCACAGAACCCAAAAGCUCUGAUGUUAGAAAGACCCUUCAUAACUGGGCAGUUGAGGAGUUUUCAGGCAGGCCCAGCACUACAGCUCUACUGCCAGGAGAGGGUCACAUGGAGGAGAGGUGCAAGCAGGCUGCUCAGGUGGUGCUGAUCUCACUCUUUGAGCUAAACACUCCAGAGUUCACCAUGCUGCUGGGUGCUCUGCCCAAAACAUUCCAGGAUGGAGCAACCAAGCUUCUGCACAGCCAUCUAAAGAACUCAAGCAACACUGGCAGCAUGAGUUCUCCGAGCAAUACAAUGGGCCGCACGCCACCCCGGCACCCCACCAGCAGGACCAGCCCCCUCACCUCUCCCACAAACUGCUCCCACGGUGUGGUGUCACCCAGUCGGUUAUGGGGUUGGAGUGUCGAUGGGCUCUUAAAGCACCCCCCUCCUCCUCCUUCGUCUCACUCCUCUAUUCCUGCUGGGCCCUCCCUCAGGGCCUUCCACUGUGCACUGUCACCAAGUAUGCUGGAGUACGACACAGAAAACAUGAACUCUGAUGAGAUCUUUAGCUCGCUGCGUGGUGUCACAGAGGCCAUCCAGAGCUUCAGUUACCGCAGCCAAGAGGACCUGAAUGAGCCAAUCAGACACGAUGGCAAGAAGGACGAUGCUGCUGGAAAGGAAGGGGCAUCUCCUGGGUCUGAUGCUAGACUGGGAAUGGAUGUAGUGGAAGGGGGUCGAACUGCUUUGGAUAACAAGACAUCUUUGCUCAACACACCGUCCCCGCGAUGUUUUGCUGGGCCACGGUCGCGUGAGUUCGCCCCAUAUGGCUACGGAGACACGAUCACGGCCUAUGACAAAAGCGCACUGAAAGAGGCCGUCUUUGAUGAUGACGUGGAGCAGUUCCGUGAAUGCCGUCGUCAAGACUGUGGUGAGAACAAGAUGGUACUGCCCAAGGGUUUUAAUCCUGACCUGGUGGCAGACCUACUGAAGGAGCUGUCCAAUCAUAACGAGCGAGUGGAGGAAAGGAAGGGGGCUCUGAUCGAGCUGCUGAAGAUCGCACGUGAGGACAGCCUGGCUGUGUGGGACGAACACUUCAAAACCAUCCUAUUGCUGCUAUUGGAGACACUCGGGGACAAAGAUCACACCAUCCGAGCACUAGCCUUACGGGUUCUGAAGGAGAUACUGAGGAACCAACCAGCGCGCUUCAAGAACUAUGCAGAACUCACCAUCAUGAAAACAUUAGAAGCCCACAAAGACUCUCAUAAGGAGGUGGUAAGGGCGGCUGAAGAGGCUGCUGCUACGCUGGCCGGCUCCAUUUACCCAGAGCAAUGCAUCAAGGUGCUGUGUCCUAUCGUACAGACUGCAGACUACCCCAUCAACCUGGCUGCUAUUAAGAUGCAGACCAAAGUGGUUGAACGCAUUGCCAAGGAGUCUCUGCAUCAGUUGCUGCCAGACAUCAUCCCUGGCCUCUUACAAGGCUAUGACAACACAGAGAGUAGUGUUCGCAAGGCCAGUGUGUUCUGUCUAGUGGCCAUCUACUCUGUGAUUGGUGAGGAGCUGAAGCCCUAUUUGGCCCAGCUCACGGGCAGCAAGAUGAAGUUGCUGAACCUGUACAUUAAAAGAGCCCAGACAACCAACAGCAACAGCAGCAGUUCUUCAGACGUCUCCUCUCACAGCUAGCCGGAUAGACUCUAAUCCGUGGCCUACACCUGCGUUUGGGAACAUAGUUGUGCCUCCUCCAAACAUCCUUUUUAUUGCUUCAUCACAAUCUUUCUGGAUUUUUCCAGGAGAGACGUGUUGCUCACCGCAAUCAAACUUUCUUUUCAUUCAACUCCAGGAAACCUCUUUGUUAAUCUCCAAUAAAUUUUUCCAUCGGUGGAACACUGAAUGUAAAGGGGUUGGGAUGGAGAGAAAAAAUGCAUGCCAGAGUUUUGUUAGGGUACAUACAGUAUCUUCCAUGAUUGGCAUUGCUUCCGUAAUUGGAGCAGAAAGGCUUUCUUCAACUUCUGAAGAGGUGAUUUGUAAACUACAUUUAAUUGUUAUAACUUAUUGAUGUAAGCAAGUGGUGCUACAUGUUUAAUUGACUUGUUUGGAUCCAUUUUAAAUGAGCACGGUUGGGUUAGCUAAUGCAUCACUUGAAUCUCAGUUAACGCUAGUGGAUCAUUUGGCUGGCCGAGUGAUAAAAGUAAAGAAAAGAGAAAAAUUUUAUUUGUAGGUUUGGCUACAAUGACAACCAAAAAAUGUAGAAUUAAAAGAAUAGCAUUCUUGUAUCCAUUUUUAUUUCUUGGAUGAGCAAGCUGACAUGGGACCACAAUAUCACAUCCCACAGUGUUGAAAAUGUAGGAAAUUCUUUUUUUGUUUGUUUUUUAAGUCUUUAGGAAGGCAAUUGUAAAGUCUUUGCAUAGAUUUUAUUUGCAGGAUUGAUGAUGUGUUAAAAAUUUGCCACAAAAUGGCCUCACCUCGAAACACAAGGACAAACUUCUGAAUGUAGAGUAUUCUUUCUUGGUCUAUUGAAAAAGUGAAGGGUUUUGUAGUAAAUUAUAAAUAGCCUCUACAAACAAGGUCAUUUUAAAAAGUUCUCAAAUGCUUGUCACUUCUAGUGAAAGGAGUUUAAAACAUGACCAGGAUCAUCCUCAAACAAUGAAUGAAACCCAUUUACCAUUAUGUUCUAGGAGCAAGAAGAUUGUGAUGGAAAAUUCAAAACUACUCUACCGUACGUUAAUUUGUUUCUGUUUUCAAAACUCAAGACUGUUAGGAUAUAAAUGCCCACAGGCAUUCUCACUACAGUGUUAAAGGAUGCCGCUGCAAGUUCAACACGUGUCUUUGAGGUGAUCCGUUCUCCAAGAGGUUUGGACUAUUUUUCCUUGUUCAUCUGCAGAAUUUUCCAUCUGAUGUUAAGUGCUGGGAGAUUAGUGUUUUGUACAUGUCUUUCAAUCAGUGCUUCUCACUCCCCCACAGAAAGGAAAAAAGGUAAAAAUGCUGUUGCACUCUUUUGCACGUUAACCAAUAGCCUGCAUGUUGAUGACAUAACCAUCCUGUGCUGACCUAGGUUUGGCUCUUUUAGAAAACUUGCCACCUCAGCAGACUGGUUGGUCUGUAAAUACAGUAUUAUCAUCGAUAUUAUUAAUAUUUUGCCCACCUGGGGAAGUAAGGAAGUGCAAAACUGAAAUAAGAGCUGACCAAAAUGCCUAUUUGUCCUCAGACUGUGAACCAGAUCAUAUUUGACAUUAAGGACAGAAAAUGAAAGCACCCUACUCUCAUGUAGUAUUAUAUACUGGGGCAUGUGGCUUUUAUUGGUAUGCAAAGUGUGCGAACCCUUGUUCGAUGCAGCAUUUCAUUCUAAUAAUUUUUAACCGAUUCAAACCAUGGACCAUGAUUUUGGUUUAAACUGAGGCUACACUCAAGGAAAAACCCAAACGUGAGGUUUAACAGUGCAAGUAUUAAUUUAAAAGCAGCUCUCUGCGUUUCCUAAAAUGUUGACCUCAAAUGGUAUUGUUCACUAAGCAUGUUAGAUUAAGUUUUGUCAUUGGACACUGAUACACUCUUGUAUUUAUACAUUUAUGUAAUUUCCUUCACUGUCCUAAUGUACAGGUUUUUUUUUUGGUUUUUUUUCCCAAAAGGCUUGUGAUAGAUUUACAUCAACUUAGCCCUAGAAAUAAAACUACCAGGAACAUGAAUUUAUUAUUAUUUUCAUCCCUGAUGAAAUGCA